AUGGACGAGUUUGAGAAGUGUUGGGAUGAAUUGAUUACCAGUUACAACUUGCAAGAGAAUGCAUGGUUGAGAAGCCUAUACGUUGACCGUAAGCAUUGGGUACCGGCAUUUUUGAAAGAGUCAUUUUGGGCUGGAAUGAGUACGACGCAGCAGAGUGAGAGCAUGAAUGCAUUUUUUGAUGGUUACGUUCAUGCUAAAACAAAUUUAAAAGAGUUUGUGGACCAGUUUGAUAACGCAUUGAAGAAAAAAAUUGAGAAUGAAAAUGCCGCAGACUUCCACUCAUUUAGUGUCACAAUUCCCUGCAUUUCUAGAUCACCGAUUGAGAAGAGAUUCCAAGAGUUGUACACGAAUGCAAAGUUCAAGGAAGUUCAAAAGCAAGUUACUGGCAUGAUCGAUUUGAAUCCAAAGUUACUUGAGAGUGAUGGUGCAUUACACAUUUAUAGGGUUGAAGAUGAAAUUCGUUUGGAAGAGUUCACUAAGCCGGUGACACAUUCUGUGGCUUUCAGUACGGUAGAUGCAACUGCAAAGUGUUCAUGUGGAUUAUUUGAGAUGAGGGGAAUAUUGUGUCGACACAUUUACGCUGUUUUUAGAUCUAACGAGAUAAAAGUUUUUCCAGAUAAAUACAUUCUAGAUCGAUGGAGGAAGGAUAUUAAACGACGAUACACAUUAAUCCAUAGUAGCUAUGAUGGAGGGGAACAGCGGGCAGAUUCUAAUAGAUAUUCAGAAUUAUUGAAUAUUUGUUACCAAAUGAUUACUCGUGCAGCGGGGACUAGAGCGCAUACUGAGGAUGCAAAAAGUAAGUUAUAUGCAAUGAUUGAGUUGUAUGAUGCCAACCAAGAACCCCUAUCGAUGACCCAAACGGGUUUCAAUGCAUGUAGUACGGCAAAGGAGACAAAUACAGGAAGUGGUUCUGGUCAAGUACGCAGUCCACAUGUUGUGCGCGGGAAAGGCAGACUCCCCUCUUUGCGGAGAGCAUCAAGGAUGGAGAUAGACAUGCGAAAAGCUAAGGCGAAGACGAAGAAAGCACCAUCAAAAGGAAAACGUAAAGAGAGAGAUGGAGGAGAUAUACCAGCCGUGGACACUUGCAGAAAUUUAUUUGGAAUUACUCAGAUGGAUAUGCCCAAUGUUGAUGUUACUGGAUCCCAGCUCCGAGAAACUGUGAUUCAGAGUCAAGAAAGUAUGCAGUUUGGAUUGGAUGGAUCAGCACCAUCUGAAGUAUUUGCGAUUUAUAGAAAUGACAUGGAUGGAUCACAAGGCAGGGAAUGA